AUGCUGAUGGUUUUAUCUUACAGGAAGUUUGGUGAGCGGCCUCAGACUCAACGUUUGACACGGGAAGCUAUGAGGAAUUACUUGAAAGAUAAAGAUGAUCAAACAGUGCUUAUACUUCAUGCAAAAGUUGCACAGAAGUCAUACGGCAAUGAAAAAAGGUUUUUCUGCCCUCCACCUUGUGUGUAUCUGAUGGGCACGGGCUGGCAGAAAAAGUUAGAGAAGAUGGAACAAGAGGGCUGCACAGAGCAGGAGGCUCAGCCAUGUGCUUUCAUUGGUAUAGGCAACAGUGAGCAAGAGAUGCAGCAACUAAACCUGGAGGGCAAGCACUUCUGCACAGCUAAGACGCUGUACAUCAGUGACUCUGACAAAAGGAAGCACUUCAUGCUGUCGGUGAAAAUGCUGUAUGGCAACAGCGCCAACAUAGGCAUGUUCCUCAGCAAGAGGAUCAAGGUCAUCUCCAAGCCCUCAAAGAAGAAACAGUCCCUGAAAAAUGCUGAUCUGUGUAUAGCUUCAGGGACCAAGGUGGCGCUGUUUAACCGCUUGCGCUCGCAGACAGUCAGUACCAGGUAUCUUCAUGUGGAGGGCGGAAACUUUCGUGCCAGCUCCCAACAGUGGGGCGCUUUCUACAUCCACCUUUUGGAUGAUGAUGAGUCUGAAGGAGAAGAGUUUGCAGUUAGAGAUGGUUACAUUCACUAUGGCCAGACUGUCAAAUUGGUGUGUUCUGUUACAGGCAUGGCUCUGCCCAGACUGGUCAUUCGCAAAGUGGACAAGCAGAUGGCGUUGUUGGAUGCAGACGACCCAGUGUCCCAACUCCAUAAAUGUGCCUUUUACCUGAAAGACACGGACAAAAUGUACCUCUGUCUGUCACAGGAGAGGAUCAUCCAGUUCCAGGCCACGACAUGCUCCAAAGAAACCAACAAGGAGAACGUUAAUGACGGGGCUUCGUGGACCAUCAUCAGCACAGACAAAGCAGAGUACACUUUCUUCGAGGGUAUGGGUCCCGUCCCCACACCGGUCACACCUGUCCCCGUGGUGGAGAGUCUGCAGCUGAAUGGUGGAGGAGAUGUUGCCAUGUUGGAGUUGACAGGACAGAACUUCACCCCUAACCUUCGAGUGUGGUUCGGAGAUGUGGAGGCUGACACCAUGUACAGAUGUGGCGAGAGCGUCCUGUGCGUGGUGCCGGAUAUUUCUGCCUUCAGAGAGGGCUGGCGCUGGGUGAGACAGCCCGUGCAAGUCCCCGUCACCCUGGUACGCAAUGAUGGAAUCAUCUACUCCACCGCACUCACCUUCACCUACACACCUGAACCGGGGCCCCGGCCCCACUGUAAUGUAGCCGGAGCCAUUCUGCGGUCACGUAGCACCUCGUCGUCAUCGCCGGUAUCUUCAUCAUCGCCGUCAUCCUUGCUGGGUGGGCUUGGCGAUGGUCAGGGGGCGUACAGCACGAAUGACUCAAGCAUUGACAUGUCUGCCAUGUCAGUGCUGACAUAGUAAAUACUCAUUUCAGUGCAUGUGUGUGCACAUACUUCCCAAAGAGACUCCUGGACUGACAUACACUCCAUGAGGGAGCGAUUCGGUUCAUCAGCAAUGCAAAAGACAACUCUGUGGAUAAGGAAUUCCUCUCGUUAGCCCCCUCUUGUGGAUUGUUAUGGAUUUUCUGAAAUGUGAUCUUAAUGUUGAAGAUGAGUUUCUUCUGGCGCUCAACUGACAGAAACCUGACGUGGAAAUCAACCAGACUGUGGGUUUGGAACCCAUUUUCAUAUUUUCUACCAGAGGACACACAAGAGCACAAGAGACAUUUUUCCCCCAGUGCCACAGUUUUUAUGGACCAAGGAAUAUUUUUAUAUAAUUUUACACGUAUUAUAUUUUCUAAGCGUUUUCUGAGGUACAUUUUCAAGUUUGUAUGAAGUAGUAAGCUUAUGUUUGUUACCAAAUAGAAUUCAUUGUGUAUGCUUGCAGUUGUUCUUUCAGAGUGUGUUUUAACAAUUUUUUUUUUUUCUGUUCCAUUUGUGUGUUUUGGAGCUACACAGGCAUGUUCAUAGAAUUUUAAGUAAACUGGGCUUAUAAAAUGAGAUGUCUGUAUUCACUUAGAUCUACAAUACCAGGGCUAUGCCAAGUUUGUUUGGUUGACACAAACGGAGAGAACCCGCCCCCUCUUUUGGGUAAAAUUAACUAUUAACAAAAUAGGACAUUAUUAUUAUUUCAACCGCUCCUUUUUAACAAUACGAAACACAUGCCUGGAUGCUUCCUUUCACUUUAACACAGAUUGCAGUUGGACAGCUAACACAUGCAGGUUAUAAUUUGGCCAGAAGGUCACAUAAAAGUUAAAAAUCUUCCAAUAGCAGAAUAAGGUUUGUCCAAUUUGGGUUUUAAAGAUGUCAUAAAUGGCAUAUUAUACAUUAAUGUAGCAGCAAACCAGUUAUCUGUGUAAAGAUAUUUUUGAUUCUGUCAUUUACAUUCCAGGUUUGGCCACGUGCACGUUUAGUGGGUGAGGUGUCUGUGUGCACGUGUUCAGUACAUAGGAGUUUUCACCCGUUUAUGAAGAGGCAGCAGUACUCCUUAAUCAACAUAGAGCUGUUGAAAGUUUUUUCCAAGAUGGCGGACAAGAUGAGACUUCUCUGAAACGUAUAAAAAAAAAUAAAUAAAUAAAAAUAAAAAAAUAAAUGUUUGCAUGUGUGAAAAUGUGUGCAAACACCAUGGCACUUGCAAAAAAAACAAACAAAAAAAAAACACCCUGCAUUCUGAUUUACUAACGGUGCACACUGUGGUUUGUGUCUUUCAGAUGGGCAAAUUAGCAGGUAUUGUCCAUUCAGCAUGUUUGCCUUCUUGAAUAUCCAAUUUGGGAUUUGUAUACUAAAGUGCACAAAAUUAUGGGAGGGAACAUGCAAGUAGCUCAGAUUUAUUAAUGUCAACAGUAAAUGUAGCGGAUACUGAAACAGUCUGUGUUUUCCAUCUUUGAAACCUUGGCGUUAACAUGUUGCACUUCACUGAAUACUGUUCCAACAGCACAGAGGCCGCUGCAUCGUCGUACACGCAAAAAAAAAAAAAAAAAUGAAGUCAUUAAGAGGUCACAUUUACUUUGUGCUUGUUUCUUGAAGAAUAAAUGUUUCCAUGCUGCACAGAGUGACAUCGUACAUUUUCAUGACUCAUGAUUGCUGUGUCACUCAAACACACACGCAUCUCUGAGUCUGUGUGGGGCGAUGUACAUCUGUGCACACUCUGUAUGCACAGUUGUCUGUGUGCAUUCCACCAGCAGAAUACAUGCUUGAUUGUUAACCAAUUCCUUAUACCACAUAUAGUCACAUCCAGGCCACCAUGGGGGGGCCAGAAUUAUUAUUUGCAUUAUUUUGAAGAGAUUUACAGUCAGCCAUUUUUCCUGAUGUGCUGUAACUGGUGCAGCCAGCGUUAAAAAUAGAUCCAAUAAGUGCAAAUCAGAUUGGACAAUCUAAGUAACAAAUAAUAAAUACAUACCUUGUAACACAAUUGCAUCCCGUUGAUUUUACUUAUAAAACGGCCCAUAGCAGUCACUGAGAAUAUCGUCCAUAAUUCAAAAUUCUACAAGUUCCAUGUGAUGGUCAUUAAACAUCCCAUUGCCAUCAUCACCUUUGUGUCAGUUGAUUCUUUCAUUUGUCCAGCCACAAUCAAGAAUCCAGUAAAGAUAGACAUUGCUUAAAGCUAACAGUUUUAACUUCUUCAAAGUCGCAGUUACAGUUGUCCUGUUGAGAUCUCAAAUGUGACGUCACUUCCUCGCUAAGCCUUCAUGGUCACACUGGAUAAUAAACAAAUAAACAAAAAAAAAAACGUGAUCGUCAAGCAUGGCAAAAAAAUGGGACUGGUGAGGGGGGGAUGGAUGUUGACAAAGCAAUGCAUUCUGGGUCAUUUUUUUCCUACAUGUGGUCAGGAGAAUUUUCUUAAAUAUUGUGGCUGAAACAAUAAUUUACAGCCGUUAACACUCACAAAGUCCUCAUUUAUGCACUGCUGUCUAUGUCACGAUAUUACUCUGUAUAAAUUGUGCCGUUACUCUUAGUAAAUUUACCACAAAGCUGUCUUCACUGCAGUAUGCAAUUUAGGUCUUGUUAUCUUGGUUACCAGUAAAUCAGGCCCUAAGAGGCUAAAAAUGCCUCUGACCCACAUAUGUAGAAUGUGGGUUGAACAGGGAAGCUUUGUUUACAUCAUGAAAUCUGACGUUACGUGCGGCAUCUAGUGGUAGAACCUGUAAACUGUCUGCUGUCAAAAAGCUCUCCAUAUUGUAUUUUAGAAGAUGUUUUUCUGUGAAAUAAAUCUCGCUAAUCUU